AUGGGAUCGAGCACCGAAUACAGCGAUGAGAAGGAUCUGAAGAGAAGAGAUGAAGUCGAGAUUGUGGCGGUCUCUUCUAAAGAAGUGGAUACUGCUGCAGAGUUCGCUUCAGGAGACCAGGAAGAACUUGAUCCAGUAGAGGCUUUGCGCAUCAGACGCAAAAUAGAUUAUCAUAUCCUUCCUCUUAUGUGUAUCCUUUAUUGGAUACAAUUCAUGGAUAAGACAACGUUGGGUAGUUCUGCGAUUCUCGGGAUUCGGCAAGCCACCCAUCUCACAACAAACCAAUACAACUGGUACCCGAAAUCCUUACCACUUCCGGACUCUUUGGAUGCUGAUACGUCUGAAAUUAGGCUCGGGACAAUCUUUUAUCUCAGUUAUCUUACAUUCGUCUUCCCACAAAAUCUUUGUCUACAACGGUUCCCCGUCGGACGAUGGAUGAGGUUCCUCUUCCCCAAUUCUCCUACCACAGCUUGGUUUUUGACACCUGCUGAGAAAGUGAUUGCUGUCCGUCGGAUAAAGGAAAACCAAACUGGAGUCGAGAACAAGCACUUCAAGAAAGAACAGAUGAUCGAAGCGCUUCUGGAUCCCAAAACAUGGCUCUUCGCACUGUUCUCCGCGCUCGACAACGUGCCCAACUCUCUGACGAACCAGCGCCAAAUCAUCGUGGCAUCUUUCGGAUUUACCCCUUUCCAGACUACGCUCCUUGGCUGCGUCGAUGGAUUCAUCGAGAUCGUUACCAUAUGGACAGGGGUCACUCUCGCCGCCAAAAUACCUAACAGCCGCGCCUACAUCGGGUUCAUCUACUUCUUCCCCAACAUUCUCGGCGUAUUCCUCAUCAACUUCCUACCUUGGGAGCAUAAGGUUGGGCUGCUGUUCGCUCAAUGGUGUACAGGUGUGGGUACCACCGGAUUUGUGCUAUCUUUAUCGUGGCUUUCGAGCGUUACUGCGGGGCACACUAAGCGGGUUACAGUCAACGCCGUUAUGCUGGGUGCAUAUUGCAUUGGAAACUCUGCCGGCCCUUUCAUGUGGCAGGCAAAGUAUACUCCAAGGAAUCACGUCCCUUGGCUCGUUAUUGGCAUUUGCUACCUGUGUUGCAUGGCGCUUCUCUUAAUAAUCCGAUACAUCCUUUCGUCUGAAAACAAACGUCGUGACCGCGAAGACCCCGCCGAUGACCAAUUCCAAAAUGUCUACAUUGAGAAAAUGGGCAAAGAUGGGGAAAUGAUUAAAGUAAAGGUGGAUAAGGAAUUCAUGGAUUUGACCGAUAUUCAAAAUCGGGAUUUCAGAUAUGUUCUGUAA